GCUAAACAGUGUUGCCAACUUAGUGGAUUCUCCACUAAAACUGGUGGUUUUGAGCCCCGAUUUAGUGGCAAAAUAUUGCGUUUAGUGGCUGGUGGAAUUUUCUAGUGGUUUAGUAAAUUUCAGUUUCAAUUAUUCACACAUUACACAUUAUGCUUCCAAGGUAGCGCUAUCUCUUGUACGGAUAGUAUAUGUAUAUAAAAUUGCAGGAAACUGUAAAUUUUUCAAAUUGUCAUCUAUUACAGCUUUCUGUAAUUCUAUUAGGUACUAUUUAUUAGGAAAGAAAUCUGUUAGGAUAUAAAAUAUGGGUGUGGGUGUGGCCGUAAAAUAUGACAUGAACGUCAUGAAAUGAACAACAGUGAAACGCCACAGUGGUUAUCUUAUCAUUGCGACUUGUGAGUUUAUUGAUAUUGAUACGUAAACGUAACUAUGCCGAAACCACAAUAUAGACAACAUUUUCGGGAUUCUUGGCUUCAAGACCCACAUUUAAAAGAUUGGCUACAAGUUAUUGAAAGUACUACCGGUCAAGAAGCGAAAUGUAAAUUUUGUGGUACAACUUUAAGGAGUCACUACGGAGAUUUGAAAUCUCAUGGGAUGUCAAAGAAGCAUCAACAAAAUAAAAAGGUUAUAACUACGCAGCCUAAGAUUCCGUUCAAGCCAGAGCCCAUUGGAAGUAAAAAAAAGCAAGAAGCCAGACUUGCAUUAUUUACAGCCAUGCAUACUAGUAUACGUGUCGUUGACCAUUUAGGAGAGGUAUACAAUAAUAAUCACGAAAAAGAUAUCGAAAAAGUUCAACUGCACCGAACUAAAUGCACCUCGAUUAUAAAAAAUGUGUUAGCACUGCACUUCACCGAGGUUCUAAAAAAAGAUUUUAAAGAUCAACCAUUUAGCCUAAUAAUUGACGAAUCUACAGAUAUUACUGUGCAUAAAUACUUGGGUUUGAUAAUUAUUUAUUACAGUAAAUUACACCAAAAAAUAGUAUCCACGUUUCUAGACCUUGUUAACAUUCAUGAAUGUAAUGCUGAAGGCAUUGUUUCUACGAUAAAGAAAACGAUCAAACGAUUCGAUCUCCGACUUGAAAAUUUAAUGGGAAUUGGUACAGAUAACGCUUCUGUGAUGGUUGGAGUGAAUAACGGAGUCUAUGCCAAAUUGAAGGAAGAAGUACCACACCUGAUUUUGGUGCGUUGCUUGUGCCAUUCCUUGCAAUUGGCUGUUUCAGCUGCUGCAAAAGAAUUUUUACCGAGAAAUUUGGAGUUUUUAAUUAGGGAAACAUAUGAUUGGUUUAGUCGCUCGUCUUCCAGACAAUCGCUUUAUAAAAAAUUAUACGAAACCAUCAACGAUGGACAGAAACCGCUAAAAAUAGUUCAAGCAUGCCAGACAAGGUGGUUGUCAAUCGAAUCUGCUGUAUCGAGAAUAUACACGCAAUGGCUAGAGCUAAAAACACAUUUUUCCAUAGCUAAAGUACAUGAAAGAUGUCACACGGCUGAGUUAUUGCACUCUAUGUAUGCGAACGAGAUGAAUUACGCAUAUAUUUCAUUUUUAUAUCCAAUUCUUAUUGAAAUAAACCGAGUAAAUAAAAUGUUCGAGUCAACAGAUACGGACCACACCAAAUUGUGUGAAGAGUUGAUCAACCUGAUAAAUAUGUUGGUCAACAAGGUUACGUUACCUACGAAUAAAUUUAAUAUUUUUACUCAAAAUAUUCGUGAUUUUUUGGAUAAAAAAUGUUAUCUUGGAUUCCGAUUUCACAAUCAAAUUCUUGAAAUGAGAGAAAAAGGAUUACCACGGGAAGACGAAGAAAUGAUGCGGCAUCGGUGCAUGACAUUUAUAGUAAAUCUAAUUGAAGAAAUCAAAAAUAGGUUACCAGAAAAUUUGACACUGAUGAAAAAAAUAUCCCGAAUAAGUGUUGAACAAGCACUUAAUCACAAUAAAGAACCACUAACUGACAUAAUGGCUCAGUUCAAUAAAAGUGCAGAACAUAUAGCAAGAGUCGAUGAUCAGUGGCAUCAAAUUCAUUUAUUGAAAUGGAAUGAGACUAAAAACACAAAAAAAUUUUGGAAUGAAGUAUUGCAUUUCAAAGACGCUCAAGGAGAAUCGCGGUUUGAAGAAUUAGCGACUUUUGCGUUUACUCUACUAAUACUGCCUCAUUCUAAUGCCGAUGUUGAGAGACUAUUUAGCAGUAUGAAUGUAAUAAAAAACAAACAGAGGAAUAGAAUUAAGUUAAAUCUUUUAACUGCUAUAUUAAGAGUACGCUGUGGUUUGAGGUUGGAAGGAAAAUGCUGCAAUGACUAUGAGAUUCCAGUAAGCGUUAUAAAACAAAUCGGUACCAAAGAAUCGUAUCAAUCCGAAACUGAAGAUGAUGGGGCAGACAUAAAUGAUUCCUCUGAAGAAGAAGAAAUGGUUUAGAAUAGUCCUCGUUACUAAAUAUUUUUUGUUUCUUUUCUAUCUACUUAUUAAUGUUAAUUUACUACAAAUUUAUUUCAAUUUUAUUACCUACAUAAUAAAGGAAACUAAUAACUUAAUAUAAGUACUUAUUUUCUUUCCCAAAACAAAAUAAAAUUAGUGGAAAAUUUAGCGAUUAUGAGUGUAGGACCAUUUUUUGUUAGUGGUUUUCUGGUGGUUUUAAAGGUUGGAUCUAGUGGAUAGCUAGUUUUACAGUUGGCAACACUGC